AUGUUAAACCGCAUCGCGACCAAAGCAUUCAGCACCACUGCUCAAAGAGCACUUCAGUUUUUGGAGCCCAUAAAUGUUACCGAUCUUGUAUCAGCUAAUGGGUCCGACGGGGAGCGCUGGCUCCAGUCUGUGGAAGUAGGAUGUGAACGGAUAGAAAAGGCCGAUCCACGAAUUACAAGCGCCAAAAUUCAGGGUGCAUUGGCACACAUGUCUAGCAAGGACAAGUCCGAUCCUCACAAGGUUGUCACGAUAGCAAUCCUAACAGUGAAGGGGAAUCGUGUUGGGACUGCCCACUUUCAUCUUGAUGGAUCCUUCAAGUUCUUUCCCUCACGCUAUGGGAAAGACGGUGGCUUCGCUGAAAAUUUGCGCAACGCAGGGAUUACGGUCGAAGAGGGGGGACAGUAG